UUUCCCUUCUUCUCGUUGCUGAACAGAGACAUGACGAAGAGGCGGUAAUUGACCGGGGAGGAGUGAGCAGUGUUGUCAGGAUUCACUAUGAGAUGGAGGAGUUGGAAGGCCACCGGAACAUGUCUGUGGGCAUGUGGAUGCCACCAGUGAGGCAGAGCCACCGGCACCACCGACCCCGCAGCCAGAAGCAUCAGGAAGGUGACCAGGAGAAGGACUCUGCCCCAGUGGAGCAGGGCUACCACUACACCCCAUCCCAGCGGGUGCAGUUCAUCCUCGGGACCGAGGAAGAUGAGCAGCACAUCCCCCAUGAUUUGUUCACUGAGCUGGAUGAGAUCUGCGUGAAAGAGGGUGAAGAUGCUGAGUGGAAGGAAAGGGCAAGGUGGCUGAAGUUUGAGGAGGACGUGGAAGACGGUGGCGAGCGCUGGAGCAAGCCCUACGUGGCCACGCUGUCCCUGCACAGCCUCUUUGAGCUGAGGAGCUGCAUCCUCAACGGCACAGUGCUGCUGGACGUUUCUGCCAACAACAUCGAAGAGAUUGCAGAUAUGAUCCUGGGCCAGCAAGAACAGUCCAAGGAGUUUGAUGAGUGCACACGGGUGAAAAUUCGAGAAGUCCUCUUGAAGAAGCAUCACCAUCAGAAUGAGAAGGAAAGAAGCAACAUUUUCCCCAUUCUCCACUUGUUUGGUGAUGGGAGUGAGAAGCAACCAGACCUGCACCCCCUUGACAAGCCAGCCCAAACACUCACCCCUCAUCCUGCCACCACUGCAGGAGAUAAAAACGGGGUGAACCGUGAGACCAGCUCAAUGGAUUUAAGCAAGUGAGGAAGAGGAUUUGCGUGACCUGCAGCCCGUGGGAGGGACUCACGUCAGAGAAACUUUGUGGAGGACUGUCUCCUGUGAGAGGGGGACCACGCUGGAGCAGGGGGGAGAAGUUCCAGAAGUUCAACCCCCACCCCCGAAGACAGAAGUGGCAGCCCUGACUGAACCCCCCAUUCCCUGCCC